AUGAAAAUAGCCAGAGAGUUUGUAGUUUCCAAAGCAAUUGCUGGAGUCUGCCAGCGUUUGGACCAGCCUCGCUAUGGGAGAUACUGUCAUGCUGUAACUGAGAAGAUGGUGAAGCUCACAAAAGAGAAAUGGACAGUCUGUCUUGAUUGCUUUAACGAAUACUACCCCGACUCUCAGCAUCAACUAGUUCUUUCUGAUGCGAAGCUCAGAUGCCCAGCUCAUAAAUGUGGUGUCGAGAAUCUUUCUCCUCGAGAAUUUAUCAUCGGAAAAUGCUGCGAUGAUGCCAAGAAAAUGCGUGGAAAAGACAAAGGCACUCACGCUUUGAUUCUCGAGCAAAUUGAUGAAUUGAAGCCGGACAUCGAAUUCCUUCAAGCUGAGCUCAAAAAAGCCCAGGCUGAUCUCGACAGCAUGAAGGCCUCACUCAAAGAUGUGCACGCCGAAACAGAAGAAAAACUUGGAAUCACAGAUGAAAAGCGCUCUUCCUGCAAGGUCUGUCUCGAAGUCUACAACGGCACCAUUCGUCAGGAAUGCGCCCUCCAAUGCGGCCAUCGCUCCUGCUUCCGAUGCUUGAACUCUCUUCCACGAAAGAUCUGCCCAAUCUGCCGAAAAGCGUUCACCGCUGAGCAAAUCCUCAAGCUCUUCUGA